AUGCGGCUCUCCAAAUCGUCGAAGGCCUUGAAUGGCCUGGGAUGGAUACUGUUUGCGCUUUCGAUGUUGGGUAUCGUCGGGGCGAACGGACAAGGCUUUCAUGUUGUUGAGCACCAGCUGGUUUCGCGACAGCUACCAGAUCUGAGUAACAUCUCAACAUGCGGCUCCAUCACCGGCUCGGGCUGCGACCUGACGAACACGACUUGUUCAUGUGCUAGUUCGCAGCUUGGCCAGCUCGCCGCGAGCUGCUUGAUCGCGAACUGCACUAUGCAGGACUCAUUAGAUCUGGCAAAGCUUCAAGCCAGGCAAUGUAACCUGCCGCACGAAUCCCAGACCACGAAGAUGUUGGCCAUUUUGGUCACAGUCUACGUUACCGCACUCAUUGCAAUCGGCUUACGACUUAUCGCGAAGAGUUUUGCAAAGAUAUGGAGCACAGAUGAUGCUUUGAUUGUUGCUGCCAUUGUCAUUGCGAUUGCGCCGUUCUCUCUUGUGAUCAUAAUGGCUACGAUGGGAUUCGGGACACAUCUUUACGACCUGCAGUCCGGACAACUGACGAAAAUAUUGCAAUUGUUAUAUGCCGCCGAGAUCGUUUACGUCUUCGUGCUUCUGUUCGCGAAACUAUCUCUGGUCACGUUCUACCUCCGCAUAUUUACGGUACCCAGGUUUCGGAUGGCGGCCUACUCUUUGAUUGCAUUCCUUGUGCUGGGCCAGGUCAUUAUCGGAUUUCUGACCAUCUUCUCGUGCCAUCCGAUUGAACUCUUUUGGAACAAAGACAUUCACACCGGUGGCUGUCUCGACAUUAACCAACUGGCGUAUGCCAACUCAGCUCUCGCCAUUCUUCAGGACCUCAUCAUACUCGCCCUGCCGAUAGCAAUGCUGCCGGGCUUGCAAAUGAACAAGAACAAGAAAAUCUCCGUCGCUGUGAUCUUCCUUCUCGGCUCUGUCGGCUUCAUAUCGACCAUAAUCCGUCUCCAAGUUCUCGCGGUAUUCGGUAACUCGAUCGACCCGACGUGGGACUACGUUCCGGUGGUUUGGUGGACAACUAUCGAGCUUGGUGUCGUCAUCGUCUGCGCGUGCCUGCCCAUGAUCCGCAACCUCGUGGAGAAGUGGUUUCCCAACUUCAAGCUCUUCAAGUGGUCCUCGCCAAAGCCGUCGAAAGACAGCGUGGGAUCCUCUUCGGUCGGGACCGACGACAAAUCAUACAAGAUGGGGCGAUAUCAAAAGUUUGGCAGGAGCACCAGCCCGCCGCAGUUCAGCGACAACUACGUGCGUGAUCACAUCGGGGGGCCCCCAUCAAAGACCGACGAAAUUUCUCCGACAAAAUAUCGAGAUAUGUACGCUUACGGCGGAUCUAAGCCUAAAGUUUUGGAGGACCCCAUGUCACCACCUCAACCAUACGAUCUGUCGUGGAGGUCGACAAACCCCUACGGAAUAACUGGCGAAAAUCCGUACGCCGUUGGAAAGACGAAUUACAGACUCAAUAUUGAAAUGUUGGAAAGAAAAGACAGGAAUUUUGAUGAGGAGCUUCCUGACAUUCCUGAGCAUCCUGAACAAACUGAGGUGGAGUACUACGGUCAAGCAAUUACGACGGGGGAGCACCCACAACCGUCGCGAUGUUCUCAUUGCGGGAGAUCACGCUGCGGCGACAUAUGA